AUGUUUGACUGUUUUUGUCUUUGGCCAACGCAGCCGGCGACCGUUGCGGACAAAAACGUGCCAUUUCAAACUUUUCCCAAUCAGCGUGUACCGUUGCCGGUGGACAGCUCGCCGUACGUUGCCGAAUUCCUGCACCAGCUGCACGGUUACCUGGUGCGGUAUGCACCGUACCUUCACCGGUACGCUCUGCUCAUCAACGCCAUCGAAACGGUGCUGUCGGUGUAUGCAGUGCUGACACAGGCCGGCUGGGACCAGCGGCUGGAAUGGCGUCCACUGUGGCACAUUCCGAAGUAUUUGCGAAUCAAUUUUGCCCUGGCCGUGUCGCUGCUAACCAUCUACUCGAAUCUGGCAGCGAUCGUUGGUUUGCUAACGUAUCGAACGUUUCUACUCUGGUCGUACAUUUGGCUCCAUCUCGGCACGUUUGCGCUGGAACUGUGGUACCUGAUGGGCAACGAACGGACUACGCUACCGCCGGUUUGCUUACGGAAGUUUGACCUAAAUGUUUGCCAAAACGAAAUGGACAAAUGGCGGUCCCCAUUGAUGGUUUUCCUGCUUGGCUUCCAUCUAUCGAUAGUGAUCGCUGUAUACCUGCACGUAGAUGACCUAAAGCCUGUACCAGGUACGGCACACGGUAUGGAUUGGUACGGUCUGCGUUCGUUUUAA